AUGAAAUGGCUCUAUUUUAUCCUAUUAUUAAUGGUGGCUAUGCUUGUUUGUUUUGCGAAAAAUGAACAGCAAACAGUGAUAUCUGAAAUAUAUUCACUUGAUGGCGACUUCGACAAGAUUCGGGCAUCUGAACACAUACAAUUCGAAUUGACUCACGUCAAUAGUGAACCGAGUGUCAUCAUCGAAACGGAACAAUGGUUGCAUACAGGCCAAUAUAUAACUGUCACAACAAGACCGAAUGAUUAUCUUGAUAUCAAAUUGGCGAGCGGCACUAAUUAUCCAGCAAUCAAAGUGUAUGUUAAUUACCGCAAAGCUCUCCUUAGUUUGGAAAUAGAUGGAAUGUCGUCAAUGAGAUCAAGAAACGUCAUUUUUAGUAAUCCUUCAUCGCUUUUGAAUAUUGCACAUUCUGGAGCUGGCAGCGCAAUACUCAAACUACAACACGGUUCUAAUAUUAAUGUUGCCAUAUCUGGUACAGGCCAACUCUCUUUGUCCGGUCGAGUUCAAGGGAAUGGACGAUUGAGCGUCUCAGGUACUGCGCACUUGGAUGCAAUCGAGUGUCCAAUGAAUAUUGCGACUGCUGAAGUGGCUGGAUCUGGAUCAGCUUCUGUUUAUGGUGUAAAAGGAGUUCAUGCCACCGUGAGUGGAGUUGGUAACAUUUGCUAUCGAGGACCUUUGCUUAGUCAAGUGAUAAGUGGUCUUGGCUCGAUCAAACAGUGUAUUGUUGAAGGGACAUCUGCAGAACCUCAACAAACAGCUACAAAACCUCAACAAACAUCUACAGAACCCCAAAAUUCAUCAUCGCAAAGCGACAAAAUCAUGGAUAGAAAUCAACGAUUAUUAGUGAUUCUUGCUACUACAGUUUUCUUUCUCUUCUUCUAA